AUGUAUAAAUUCGGUAAUAAACUAACAUUUAAUUUUUCAUCCCAAAAGAAUCCUUUCUAAAAAACAUUUAAAAAUCUAAAAGUAGACGGAAAAAGUUACAAUUUCUAUAGUCUUCCUGAUUUAAACGAUUCUCGUGUAGAAAAACUUCCUUAUUCAAUAAGAGUAUUACUAGAGAGUGCUGUAAGAAAUUGCGAUGAAUUCAAUGUAAAAGCCUAAGAUGUUGAAAAUAUAUUAUCUUGGUAAAAAAAUGCUUAAAAAUAAAUAGAAAUUCCUUUUAAACCUGCUCGUGUAAUUCUCCAAGAUUUCACAGGAGUUCCUGCUGUUGUCGAUUUGGCUGCCAUGAGAGACGCUAUGGUGCGUUUAGGUGGAGAUCCCAAUAAGAUAAAUCCUUUGUGUCCCGUAGAUUUGGUUAUUGAUCAUUCAGUUUAGGCUGAUGUGUAUAAAGAUAAGCAGGCCUAUGAGAAAAACGAGGAGAUCGAAUUUUAGAGAAACUAUGAAAGAUUCGAAUUCUUGAAAUGGGGACAAAAAGCAUUAAACAAUUUUUAGAUUGUACCCCCUGGAAGUGGUAUUGUACAUUAAGUUAAUUUAGAAUAUUUAGCUAGAGUAGUGUUUUAGAAUGAAUAGAACGUACUAUAUCCUGAUUCUCUUGUAGGUACAGAUUCACAUACUACUAUGAUUAAUGGUCUAGGAGUCUUAGGUUGGGGAGUAGGAGGUAUUGAAGCCGAAGCAGUGAUGCUUGGAUAGUGUAUUUCGAUGGUUUUACCUGAAGUAGUGGGCUUUAGAUUACAUGGAAAACUUAAAUAAAAUGUAACUGCUACUGAUUUGGUCCUUACAUGUACUUAAAUGUUAAGAAAAAGAGGUGUCGUAGGUAAAUUUGUGGAAUUCUUUGGACCUGGUUUAGAUAAUUUGACAUUAGCAGAUAGAGCUACUGUGGCUAAUAUGGCACCUGAGUAUGGUGCUACUAUGGGUUAUUUUCCUAUUGAUAGUUAGUCAGUUUCUUAUAUGAAAUUAACAGGUAGAGAUGAUCAUAAAAUUAAAACUAUAGAAAAUUAUUUGAGAGAAUAGUAACUUUUUAGAACUAAUGAAACUAAAGAACCUGUUUAUACUGGAGAUGUACUCGACUUAGACUUAGGAAGUGUAGAACCAUGUAUUUCAGGACCAAAAAGACCACAAGAUAGGGUAACUGUGAAAGACUAAAAGACUGAAUUUUAAUAAAUUCUAACUAAUAAAGUUGGGUUUAAAGGAUAUGGAUUGAAUAGCGAUUAAGUUAAAAAAAGUCAUAGUUUUACAUAUUAAGGGUAAAAUUAUACUCUUUAAAAUGGAUCUAUUGUCGUCGCAGCCAUUACUUCUUGUACUAAUACUUCUAAUCCAGAUUCUAUGAUUGCUGCUGGUUUAUUAGCUAAAAAUGCUGUGGAGAAAGGAUUAAAUGUAAAACCUUAUAUUAAGACAACUUUAAGUCCUGGUUCAGGUGUUGUAACUAAAUAUUUUAAUGAAAGUGGUGUUUAGAGUUAUUUAGAGAAAUUAGGAUUUAAUACUACAGGUUAUGGAUGUAUGACUUGUAUAGGAAAUACUGGUGAAUUAGAACCCGAAGUAGAUUAAGCAAUUAAAUAAUCAGAUAUAGUUGCCGCUGCAGUACUUUCAGGAAAUAGAAAUUUUGAAGGAAGAGUUCAUCCUUUAACUAGAGCCAAUUAUUUGGCUUCUCCAGCUUUAGUUGUAGCUUACGCUUUAGCCGGAAGAGUUGAUAUUGACUUCGAAACUGAACCAAUAGGAAAAGAUAAAUAGGGAAAAAAUGUAUUUUUAAGAGAUAUAUGGCCAAAUAGAGAAACCACAUAAAAUAUAGUAAAUUCUAGUCUAAAAACAGAAAUGUUCAAAGAAGUAUAUAAUAAAAUAUCAUAAGGGACUCCAAGAUGGAAUGCUUUGAAAGCCUCAGACUCAAAAGUUUAUGACUGGAAAGAAUAAUCUACUUACAUUCAUAAUCCUCCAUUUUUUGCCUAAACUGAAUUGAACCCUAAACCUGUUUAAAAUAUCAAAAAUGCUUAUUGUUUAUUGAAUUUAGGAGAUUCUAUUACAACCGAUCAUAUAUCCCCAGCUGGAAAUAUUGCUAAAAAUUCACCAGCAGCAAGAUAUUUAAAUGAAAGAGGAAUAUAAUAGAAAGACUUUAACACUUAUGGCGCAAGAAGAGGAAACGAUGAAAUUAUGGCAAGAGGAACAUUCGCUAAUGUAAGACUUAUUAACAAAAUGAUAGAUAAAGUAGGACCAGAAACAAUACAUAUACCUUCAGGAGAAAAAAUGGCAGUUUUUGAUGCAGCAAAUAGAUAUUAAAAAGAAAAACAUUAACUUAUAGUGUUAGCUGGAUAAGAAUAUGGAUCUGGUUCAUCUAGAGAUUGGGCAGCUAAAGGACCUUAUCUUUAAGGAAUUAAAGCUGUUAUUGCUUAAAGUUAUGAGAGAAUUCAUAGAUCUAAUUUAGUUGGUAUGGGUAUUUUACCUUGCGAGUUUUUAAAUUGUUAAAAUGCAGAUAGUUUAGGUUUGACUGGAAAGGAAAAGUUUAGUAUUGAUUUAAAAAAUGGAAAUUUAAAAGUUAAUGAAGUUUUAAAUGUUAUAACCGAUAAUGGAAAGACUUUUUAGGUUAAGGCAAGACUUGAUACAGAUGUUGAAGUUGCAUAUUAUUAAAAUGGAGGUAUUCUAUAGUAUGUUUUAAGAAAACUAGUUAAAGGAGAAGUUUCUUCUUGAUUUUAUUUAAUGAUUGUUUAGAAUUUUUUUUUUAUUGUUAAAUUUUUUCUUAUUAUCUUUAUUUAGAAUUUAAUUU